AUGGCAGAGCAGGUGCUGCAACGAUCCAGUCCAGUCUCUCAAAGCCCAGAGGUAUUACCAGGCAACACAAUUUGUACCCUACUCCCUACGUGGCUACACUUCCUCUCUGUGUCUCCUAGGGCUGCAAGUCUUCUGCUUGGCAUAAAGAAACGGAAACCAAAGCAAGGAUUUAAGACUCACCCCCUGAACACCAGUGGCAGAAUUCAGCCAUCAAGCCUUCGGGGCUCCUGGGUUCUCUUCCUGGCCACACCAACCAACAGAACCUCAUCCCAAAGUGUGCAUGGCGUUGAGGACACGGCAGCAGAAUGCGAAAGGCUGGGAGCCACUGUUGGAGCCUUUGUGGUGGACUGCAGCAAGAGGGAGGAAAUCUACAGCGCUGCAGAGAAGGUGAAGAAGGACAUUGGGGAUGUCUCCAUCCUGGUGAACAACGCUGGUGUGAUUACAGCUGCCGACCUGCUCUCGACUCAGGACCACCAGAUUGAAAGGAUGUUUGAAGUCAACAUUCUGGCUCACAUGUGGACCACAAGAGCUUUCCUGCCAACCAUGAUGAACAACAACCACGGUCACAUUGUCACAGUUGCUUCGGCAGCAGGUCAUCUUGUGACUUCUUUCAUGGUAGCUUAUUGUUCAAGCAAGUUUGCUGCGGUUGGAUUUCACAAGGCUCUGACAGAGGAGCUGUCUACCUUGGGAAAGGAUGGGAUAAAAACUACGUGUCUUUGUCCAGUUUUUAUAAACACGGGGUUUGUCAAAAACCCCAGUACAAGGCUUGGAAAGAUUUUGGAGAUUGAAGAAGUUGUCGAGGCCCUGAUGGAAGGAAUACUGACCAACCAGAAAAUGGUUUUUGUUCCAUCAAAUCAACGUGUUGCUUUACUCUUUGAAAGGUUGUUUCCAGAACGUGCCCUGAAUGUUCUGAAGAAGCUGACUGAUGUCAAGUUUGAUGCAGUCGUGGGCCAGAGAAGCACCCAGUGAAAAGCAAAAAAUUACUCUCAUUUCCCAGUGGCACAGGUGAAAACAGAACAUGUGCUGAGCAUAGUUGAGCUGGUUUGAUCCAGAGCUGAACUGAGACACGUGCUCCCAGGCCACCAUUGCCAAGCUCACCUAAGGGUGUCUCCCCCACCUGCAGCAGCUGUAUAACAGGGAGUGUUAACAAAGCACAGCCACAGCUCUACAAGUCUGAAGGGCUUUGGCUGUCCAUGGUGUCGCCUCCAUCUCCUGGCGCUGAGGCAGACAGGAAUUCCCACAAAGCCCGUUUUUGGACAGCACAGAGUGAGUGCAAAGGCAUUGCCUGAGAAUAUGUUAAUCUGGACUCGUCCCUGAGCAAAGGUGUCUUGCAAGAAGCAAUUUAUAGAGCAGGUGGGUGGCCUGUUUCACCUCAAUUUAUCUUUUCAAAUUUAAAAAAAAGUGCUCUAAUGAACACUCAGUUUUGUGUGCUUUCAUAGUGAGUGCCUGAAAUAAUACAGCCUUGUUACAUUGAUUAUCAAGUAUGCAUCAGCACCAUGCCUUAUUCCAAAUAAAUACAGUUUGUUAACACAAA